CACGAAUUCCCACUGUGCCCGGACAUCUGAGCCAUCGCGGGGAAGAUGCGGCACCAGGCCCAGAAUGCUUUCAGAGCUAGCCGCAUUCUGGAGCUUAUCGCGUGCUGGUCCCACACGUAUCAAGCCCCUGGAUCCUGGUUUUUUACCUCUGGCGGGUCCUGUCAAGACAAUUCAAGAUAACGCUAUUAAGCACUGGUGUGGUUACAUUUAAAAACCUAUGGGCUGCUGGUCAACCCCUCAACGCCUGGGGCUCAGAGUCAAGGUCUCGGCAGGAAGUCGUUCGUAGUUGUAUUAUUAUUAUUAUUAUUAUUAUCUGUCUUUAAAUUGAGAACAAGGGCACCUCAAAGGGACGGGCAGUUCGUCUAUUAUUCCACUGAAGUAUUUCUAGGCCUCCCGGGUCCGGCACCCCGACAAAACGGCAGCAUAUUAGUCACCAUGGACGAGGACCAAGUCCCGUCACAGAUCGUGCCGGAGCGGGCUCCGAAGCGGACACUCGCCGACCGGAUACACGGCGUGAAGAGAACGUUCUUCACCAAGGAAGGCCUCGUGGGCGACUACGACUAUGGCUUCCUGUUCCGCCCCAAUCUCCCCUUCAUGAAGAAGGCCGACAAGCCGCCGCCCUUCUUCGGGCUCAACGACCGGAUGCCCGUGGUGCUGGCCGUGAUCCUCGGGUUCCAGCAUGCGCUCGCCAUGUUGGCAGGCAUCAUCACGCCGCCGCUCAUCAUGUCGGGCGCCGGCGGCGUCAACCUCGACACGGAGCAGACCCAGUACCUGGUGUCGACGGCGCUGAUCGUGUCCGGCCUGCUGUCGGCCGUGCAGAUCACCAGGUUCCGCAUCUUGAAGACGCCCUACUACAUCGGCACGGGCCUCAUCUCGGUCGUUGGCAUCUCGUUCGCCAUCAUCCCGGUCGCGUCAGGGGCGUUCAGCCAGAUGUACGCCAACGGCUUCUGCCCGACGGCCGAGGACGGCACGCCGCUGCCGUGUCCGGACGCGUACGGGGCGCUGCUGGGGACGGCGGCGUGCUGCUCACUGCUCGAGAUCGUGAUCUCGUUCCUGCCGCCGCGCAUCAUCCUGCGCGUCUUCCCGCCCAUUGUGACGGGCCCGACGGUGAUGCUCAUCGGCCUGAGCCUGAUCUCGUCCGGCUUCAAGAACUGGCUGGGCGGCAGCGGUCUCUGUGCCGACGCGAACCCGCUCGAGUUCUACGCGCGCUGUCCUGACAUCACCGCGCCCCAUGCUCUGCCAUGGGGCUCGGCCGAGUACCUUGGUCUCGGCUUCUCCGUCUUCGUCACCAUCAUCCUCUGCGAGCGGUUCGGCUCGCCCAUCAUGAAGUCGGUCAGCGUGGUCAUCGGCCUGCUGACGGGCUGCAUCAUCGCGGCGGCGUGCGGCUACUUCGACCGGUCCGGCAUCGACACGGCGCCGGCGGCCAGCUUCGUGUGGGUGCACACGUUCAAGCUGUCCGUCUACGGCCCGCUGGUGCUGCCGCUGAUGGCCGUGUUCCUCAUCUGCGCGUGCGAGUCGAUCGGCGACAUCACGGCGUGCUGCGACGUGUCGCGGCUCGAGGUCGAGGGCCGCAUCUACGAGAGCCGCAUCCAGGGCGGCGUGCUGGCCGACGGCAUCAACGGCCUGCUCGCCGCGCUGGCCACCAUCACGCCCAUGACCACCUUCGCGCAGAACAACGGCGUCAUCGCGCUGACGCGCUGCGCCAACCGCUCCGCGGGGUACUGCUGCUGCCUCUUCCUGGUGGUCGCCGGCGUCUUCGCCAAGUUCGCCGCCGCGCUCGUGGCCAUCCCGUCGCCCGUGCUCGGCGGCAUGACCACCUUCCUCUUCACCGCCGUCGCCGUGUCGGGCAUGGCCAUCAUCGCCCGCGGCGUGCCCUUCAACCGCCGCAACCGCUUCAUCCUCACGGCGGGGCUGGCCCUGGGCUACGGCGCCACGCUGGUGCCGGACUACUUCGACCACGUCUUCACCUACGCCGGCGACAACAAGGCGCUGCAGGGCUUCCUGGACGCCAUCAGCCUCGUCAUGGAGACCGGCUUUGCCGUCACGGCGGUUGUGACCGUCGCGCUGAACCUGACCCUGCCGGUCGAGCUGGAGGAUCUGGUCGAUGCGGUCGGUGGGGGGGAUGAGACUACUGCUACCGGUCCGUUGGUGAGGGAGCAGAGUGAGAGUGGGAAGGAAAGUGGUGAGGAGGUGAAGGGGAAGACGGCUUGAUCUAGUGGGGGGG